AUGAACACACAAACUGUGUGCAAGAAACUCUGUUUAUGGUAUGCCUACGCGUCAAUUGGUAUUCUGACUGUACUCUGCAUCGCUGAGCGCUCUCGUGUUCGGCACAAUUUUAUUUCGGAAGUCCCAGAUUUUACAUGGAGUUACAAACCCGAGGGAUCUAAAGGACCAGCAAGCUGGGGCUUAGAGCGAGUCGACAAGAGGGUUGAUGCUGACUGGUCUCUAUGCCGAUACGGAAAGAGGCAAUCUCCAAUUGACAUUCAGACGAAUAGCCUAAUAUUCGACCAUUCUUUGGAGGCCAUCGCCAUCUCAGGGAAAGAUAACCAACUAGAUCUGAUAGUAGAAAAUAUUGGCCAAGACAUUCAGCUAUCAAUCCUAUCAGACGACGUCAUUUUGACAGGCGGACCAGUUUCCUACUCCUAUCAUGUAUUUUCAAUUCGGAUCAAAUUUGGUUCCGUAUCAACUAGAGGUUCAGAUCACCGCAUCGACGGCAUCGCACUACCCGGUGAGCUUCAGAUAUAUGCUUUUAACAGCGAAUUAUAUCAGACCUACACGCAAGCGGCCACCAGGCCACACGGUCUUGCUGCAAUAAGCGUAUUCUUCAAAUUGGGCAAUAUAACAAACAAAGAUUUGCUGGGUAUCGUAGCGGCCGCAGAGAAAACAGUUUUUCGUGGUCAGAGGUUUCACCUAAAAGGGAUUGAACUCCACUCUCUUCUGUCGUCCACUUUGGAAUAUAUGACCUACGACGGAUCACUUCCAUUUCCAGGCUGUCAUGAGACUGUUACAUGGAUUAUUUUAAAUCACCCCAUAUCUAUCUCAGAGACAGAGCUAAAAACCCUCAGGCGCAUUCAGGUCAACCAAACCUUGUGGUCCGGUGCAAUGGCAGACAACUUCAGGCCAGUCCAGCCAAUCAACAACCGUUCGGUAAGGACCAAUAUCAAUUUCGACAGUUUGGACCAGCACUGUACCGUUAAGAAGCAGGCAUCGUACUCUAUAAACAUGCCAAAAGUCACGGGAUAUAAUGAGAAACGUCAACCGGGCCUACCGUGAAGAAAUGGUGAAAGAAAUUCUCCAAGAAAACUUCAAGGAAUGUGAACUCUGUUAUUCCAUCUCGCUUAUCAUUGACUGUUCACUUAUGCUAAACCAGGUUGACAGAACUAGGUGGAAUGUUGGCAACGUCGACUGACUAUCAUAUUUCCUGCACUGGAGUCGGUGUGUUAAUAGUUCUACCAAUUUCCAUACACCACAGCCGAGUGAAAGUUGGUUUACAGCAUGUAACAAAGUAGAACUGUACACCGGUACAUUAAAACACUGUUUUAAAUCCCAUCUUUUUUUCAGCUUAUGGUAUUGCAACUACCUAUAGCUAGUUGAACACCCGAUCCGUUUCAUC